AUGUUGGCACUAAGAAGACUAGCACAGCUCAAAUCUUCAUCAUUAUCAUGGAGUAGGUCAAUUCAUGCGAGCCUAUCAUUGAGAUCAGAUUUUGCGUUUGUUUUCGAUAUAGACGGUGUUUUAAUUCGUGGUAAAAAACCAAUACCUCAAGCCAAACCGGCUUUGGAAUUAUUAAAUAAACACAAAAUACCUUAUAUUCUAAUGACAAAUGGAGGAGGAGUUUCUGAAGCUGAGAAAGCAAAGGAAGUAAGUUCUAUAACUGGUGGUCCUUAUAUUUCACCAUUACAAGUUGUUCAAAGUCAUACACCAAUGAAAUCAUUAAUUCAUGAUCCAAAUUAUAGUAGAGUUUUAGUUGUUGGGGGAGAUAAAGAUAAUGCAAGAAAAGUUGCUGAAAGUUAUGGAUUCAAAGAUGUUGUUCUACCUAUUGAUAUAGUUAGAAGUGAUAAGUCGAUUUCCCCACAUUCUAUGUACAAAAAGGAAGAUCUUGAAAAAUAUUCCAAAAAAAUUGAUCUUUCUAAACCAAUUGAUGCAAUAUUGGUAUUCAAUGAUCCUAGAGAUUUAUCGACUGAUAUGCAAAUUGUUCAAGAUUUGUUAAAUUCAAAGAAUGGUUUAAUAGGGACUAAGAGAGAUUUCAAGACAUGGAAAGAUCAUACCUCACCAUCAAUUCCAAUAAUUUUCAGUAAUAAUGACUAUGUAUAUGCAAAUGAUCAUCCAUUACCUAGAUUUGGUCAAGGAGCAUUUAGAAUGAUUACCGAAAAGUUAUACAACACUACAAAUAAAUUGAAACCGGACCAAAAUUUAGAUUCAUUAAUACUUGGUAAACCAUUCAAACUUCAAUAUGAUUUCGCUCACCAUAUUUUAAUAGAUUGGAAUAAAAAACUAGAAUCAAAUGAAGUUAAUGAUGAUAUACAAAAAUUACCAAAAUUAGGUGAAAUUCCUGAAACAACUCCAUUUAAAAAAAUUUAUAUGGUUGGUGAUAAUCCAGAAUCAGAUAUAAAAGGAGCAAAUGAUCAUGGUUGGGAAUCAAUAUUGUUGAGAACUGGUGUUUUUCAAGAUGAAGAUUAUGAUUCAAUUAUUGCAAAACCUACAGUUGGUGUUUUUGAUAAUGUUGAAGACGCAGUCAAAUAUGUUUUGAACAAGAAUGGGAUUAAAAUUUGA